AUGCAUUUCAUCACCAAGAUUAUUUACGCCUGUGUCGCCUUACACGUCGCCUUCCAGGGCGCGAUCGGUGCAAUCCUUCGUGGACGGACUAGCGGUGCUGACUCGGUUCAGCUUCCAGCAAGCGACAUCCACGCCCUGAGUCUAGCUGCCGAGGACCUCGAUGUUGAACUGGAGAGUUUCCUAAGGAAAUGGGGCGGUGGCCAUCGCAAACCCGACAUUGUUGAUAUUGCAAACAUGGUAAAGAGGCAAGCGGGCAGCAUCCAGAUCUCACCACAAGACCUUCAGGAUCUUUUGAGGCUCAUCCAGUCCAUCGAGCGGCAGCUUGCGGCCAUCAUUGCAUCUGGAGGCAGUCCGGCGAGCGGAACUGCCGUUCCGCCUCCGUCCAACACGGUUAGUAACUCGGGCCCGAUCGGUUCGUCGCCGGCGCUGUCGAACGGACAGCCGACUGCCACUGGAAAUGACCCAGCCAGCCCCGGGGUAAGUCCCCCCACCCCCAGUUCCUUUCUGACAAGCAGCGACCCGGGAAAUGGUGAGCCUCUUACUACGACAUACGUGACAUCCGUUUUGACUACUUCGCAAUGCAAGACGACCGUCACUCAAACAUUCACGGAGUAUUUGUACGAGGACGGUCCAUCAGCGGUUCCUAGAGUCGUCCGGUCAGUGGUCGAGGUCGACGAGCAUGAUACCGAGGACUCGGAUCCCGAUGCGACACAGGAUUCUGACCAUGAUGACGAUUGGGAGCCUUGGACCGAAUUUGAUGGAACAACGGUGGAGGACGACGGUUCAGAUGUCGGAUUCACCACGCGCGACACCUGGGCUUCCUUGGGCGUGACACGCCGCGACCCUGGAGGGGCCCCCAACGAUUCUGAAUCCCUCGUCGGUCGUGGAAUAGAAGAAGAUGUUUGA